GCAAUGCUGUGCUGUUUGAUAACAGCACAGUUGCAGACAGUUUACUUCCAAUCUGUUUGAGCACGAUAUGCAGUCAGUGGAAGGCAAGGUUACGCCAUUGAUUGGAGUAAGGUGCAAAAAUGUCAGCUGAAGUAAUAGACCCAAAUCGGCGAAGGAGAUACACUCAUGAUACUUUAGACUUCCCCCGAGAUUCUGACCACAGAGCAGAAAGCCACCACCGAAGGGGCUCCCUCUGUGACAAACACUGUGCAGUUAAUGUGCAUGCAGAGCUGACAGAGACACACUCGCCCACGAGCUCCCAGCACAAUACCCAGAUCACACCCAGAUACAUGGCAGCCAGAUCCUCCGCACUGUGCCACCACUCCUCUGAACUGAUAUGCGAAGGAAGUAUUACUAAGACCACUAUCACAGCAGAGAAUGAAGUGGAAGCUAAUAAACUAUCUAACAACUACAGGUUUGGGUUCAAGAAAUGGAAGAGCCAUGUGACGGAGAGACCCUGGGAAGACAGAUCGGAGAUCGUGAAAGAGCUUUAUUCUGAACUAAACACGAUUAAAACCCAAGCAGGUUCUGUACUUUGCUUUGGGAAUAUAAUCUAUGUUCUGUUAUUUGGCUGGUGGAUCUCUUUGGCAUAUGUUUUUGUUGGUAGUGUAAUGUUCAUUACCAUUAUAGGAGUCCCUUAUGGUAAACUGUCUUGGAGAUUGGCUGGGUAUUUUUUCUGGCCUUUUGGGAAGUCGAUACAAAAGUCUGGCAGUCAUUUCAGGAAGCAUACAAGGUUCUCUACAUGUGAAGCAAUACCCGAAGUGGACGAGAUUAAAGAGACCACCCCCCUUGUUAGGGGUAACCAAAACCUGCAAGAAAGCCAGCCAAGCCACAGGUCACAUGAGGUUGGCUACUGGUGUCGUGUAAAUACAUACCUGUGGCUGUUGCUGGUCUACCCUUUCCUGGUGCUGGUCCAUGGACUGGCCUGCUUUAUCUCCUGGGUUCUAGUGUUCACCAUUCCAGUCUGCAAGAUGAAUGCCAGGACUGUCCGCAUCAUCCUGCUUAUGCCUCCUGAGCAUGUACACGUACGGAAACCAAAAAAGACCGAAGUAGUUUCAGAGUCGGGGGUGAUCUUGUGCUGCUACCAUGCUUUCAAUUCAUACUACUACAAGUAUGCAGUGGAUGGGAUCAACGUGUUCGCUGUCAACCUGCUGCCACUUGUUAUCGUCAGUCUGGUCCUGGGAUAUGCAGAUGGGGAAAACCGGUAUGCAAGUUCUACUGUCAAGUUUGCUAUCUCCCUCUGUUCCAUCAUUCCACUCUCCUAUUACAUUGGAAUGGCGAUCGCCAGUAUUUCAGCACAGAGUAAUUUUGCAGUGGGUGCGGUGAUGAAUGCGACUUUCGGCUCCAUCACGGAACUUACGUUCUACAUCACAGCGCUGAUAAAGGGGUCUCGGGAAGGGAACAAGUGCUAUGAUGAGAUUGUGAAGUCCGCACUGACUGGGACUCUGCUGGGGUGUGUCCUCUUCAUCCCUGGUGUGUGUAUGAUAAUUGGAGGGUGUAAGCACCAGGAGCAGGUGUUUAACAGCCGGUCCGCAGGGGUCAGCUCCACGCUGCUCUUCAUAUCAGUUGGAGGUGCAUUUGCUCCAACUCUCUUCUCAAAGGCUUAUGGGAACCUGGUCUGUCAGGGCUGCACUAACGUCAGUGAGAACGGGACCGGACCCUUCGUCUGCAAAGACUGCCACUAUGACCUGAGUGAAAAUAAUUAUUCAUUAUUUCACAGUCACAUUGAACCACUUGUUUACACAGUGUCUGUGCUGCUCCCAGCUGCUUACCUCGUCGGUCUCAUCUUUACCUUGAAGACUCACUCGCACAUCUAUGACAUCCACGUCAGUGACUGUCCUGUGAUAGGUCACCACCACAGCCCUGUUGUUCUCUGGUCUAGAUGGAGGGCACUAAUUAUCCUGAUAGUCGCCACUCUGCUCAUGUCUGCUUGUGCUGACCUGGCAACAGAGCACAUUAGCCCUAUUUUAACCAACUCAAAGGUGUCUCAGUAUUUCAUUGGAGUCACUCUCCUAGCUAUGGUGCCGGAGCUCCCUGAGAUUGUAAAUGGGAUUCAGUUUGCCUUGCACAACAACCUUAGUCUGAGCAUUGAAGUUGGAAGCUGCAUGGCAGUCCAGGUUUGCAUGCUACAGAUCCCAGUACUGGUCCUCUUCAAUGUUUUUUAUCCUGUUGGUUUCAUUCUCAUUUUCAGUGACUUGCACCUCUGGGCCAGUAUGUUCAGUGUGAUCCUUAUGAACUAUAUCUUUAUGGAUGGCAAAUGUGACUACUUCCAGGGAACAGCGUUGGUCGUGGUGUACCUGAUCCUGUUGGCCAUGUACUUCUUUGCUCCUUCACCUGCUGGCUGCUGAAAAGAAAGUUAAUGAUACAAAUUCAUAGGUUAUAAGAAAAAAAAACACUAAAACGGCUGGGUUUUUAGAUUUUAUACUGCAGAAGCUUGAUGUCUUAUGCAUUCCAACCCUUUUAAAUGGUAGAAUUCCAUUUUGUUUUCAGCCUGUAACAUGCUAUUGACUUGGUUUCCAUACAAGUUAUUGAUUUGUGAUCUCUGUGAAUUGGUUUAAAUGCACAAUGAAAAAAGCGUCUAAAAGAAGGUUCACUGACUUUGAGGUGGUUCUCAUGGUAAUAAAGAAAAGAAAAAAAAGAAUACUGAUAAUGUCGCUUACAUAACCUUUUAGACUUAUUGUUUGUAAUGAUCCUAAAAAUAAAAAAUUAAUUUAAAGUAA